GAAUUAGGCACGGCAUGGCCAUGCUGUGGUGGGGCUACCGAUGCCUCCAUCGAUACCAAGUGUGAUUGUCUUCAUUCUAUUACGUCCCCCAUUAACCCUUCGAUCUAGGGUGCAUCCUGUGAAGCCCGGCGGUCACGUUCACCCAGCAUUAUGGGAAACUUUCCAGGCUUCAUUGAAGGCGCUGAAUCGCCAAGAAGUCAGAGUCCUCUACCUUCAUGCUCCAAACCGAAAAAUACCCUUCGAGGAUACUUUGUAGGUAGUAGAUAAACUACAUCGCGAAGGGCUUUUGUUUGUCUAAUCCCGGAGUUUAUUGGUUGAUGCGCUGACCCUUCCGACUGGAAGCGAAAUAGUCGGUCUUAGUAAUUAAGCGGCCUGGGAGAUUAGUUCUAUGGGCUCUAUGCAUAGAAACAAGCUGAUGAAGCGCAUAGGCUGCGGAGGUAGUUGGAAUUUGCAUGGCGAAAGGAUAUGUUACUCUUGAACGAAUUCUGAAUGUACAGAAUGUAUAAUUCUAUCACGCGAGAGAUGG